AUGCUUCAAGAACUUCUUGAAAAACUGGAAAUAAGAGAUGAUCAGCCUGUGUCCCUUCAAGCUCAGACUGUUUCCCGUGCUAUGAACAAAGAGGGCUCCUCUUCCAAGAGCCUGGGGGCUGAUCCUCAGAAAUCAGAUAAGUCUUGCAAGGCUUUCCAGGAUAUUUCCCAGUACUUUUCUAAGAAGGAAUGGGAAAAGAUGGGUUACUCUGAGAAGAUCACUUAUGUGUACAUGAAGAGAAACUAUACCACCAUGACUAGACUAGGUUUCAAACGGGCCAUGCCAGAUUUCAUGCGUUCUGGCAUACAUGCUAAAAGAUGCUGUGAGAGUGAUUCUGAUGAAGAGCAGAACACUAACACUGAGCGUCGGGCAGUCAAGAAGGAGGAGAGUGGUGUCUGGAGCCACCGGCUGCGGGAGCGGAAGUAUGUGGUCGCUUAUGAAGAGAUCAGCGACCCUGAGGAAGAGGACUAA